AAUGGAUGCAAGGGCAAGUUUAAUGUGAAAUCCUAUGCAGUCUGCAUGAGGGCAUCUGCUGACUCAUCACGGCCGUUUUCAGACAAUGAGAAUGUCUUAUACUCGAUGAGAUCUAUCCAACUGUUGAUAUUGUAUUCCGUACGGAGAAUACCUCAUACCAGUAAGCCAUCUAUAAAGCCAAUUUGCAAUUCAUCCGGAACCAUACGGACGUCUUUGUGCGGGGACGGGAUCCUAGGAGUAAAACCGACAUCAAUUGGACGAUAUCACGACCACAACCUCGUGACAAGGUAAUACGAGAAUUGGCGUUCGUAUUUCCUAUAGAGCGGUCAGUCUAGGAAUGUAAUGAUCGUGAUGACUUUAAGCGAAGCCAUAGGUAAGCUGUAGUUUACCUAAUAGCCAUCCAUUUGUAAAUACACAUAUAAACCCUCGCCCCGUCCCCUACUAUUCAGCUCAUUCUCGCCUCAUCAUCAACAGCUACCUACUCCAACAACCACCUCUCAGCUCCUAAAUAAAUCCACCACCAAGAUAUCCAUCAUCAUUCCACCAGUCAAAAUGAAGUUCUUCGCUACCGUCAUGGGCGCUGCCCUCGUCGCCACCGGCGUCUCCGCCCAACAGGCCAUCGUCAAGAAUAACUGCGGUUCUACCAUCUACGUGCAAUCAUUCCCUUACGAUGGCAGCUCCGCUGGCCCUCUGACCACCCUGACGGCCGGACAGACCUUCACUGAGGACUUCCGCCCGGCUGGCUCGACCGUCAAGAUCGCGACCACCAAGACCCUCACCACUCCGCUCUUCUUCGGCUACUCGUUCACCUCGAGCCCCGAUUACGCCUACUAUGAAUUCAGCUCGGAGUGGGGAAACCCUUUCGCCAACUCUGCCAACACUCUGGGAGCCGGCGACGGCUGCGAGUCCUUCAACUGCGCCGCGGGCCAGGCGGACUGCUACAGCACUCCCUCGGCGAAGAAGGUGUACGGCUGCCCACAGCCCGUUGACCUGGAGGCAGUUAUCUGCGCCUAAAUUCCAACUCAAGUCAAGGGAGUAAUCACGGGAGAUUCGGGUACAAAAAAAAGGGUAGCUAUUUCAAUGGAUGGGCAUUAGGGUAAUUAGUUUAGGCGUCCGGGAAAAAGAAUACACUCGUCGUGACUACGACUUUUUCACACGCUC